AUGUCUCUCCGCAGUAGCACAUCAUUCAUAAAGCAAACGAGGAAGGGUAACGUUGUUAAAGUUGUUAGAGAACAUUAUCUCCGUGAUGACAUUGGUACAGGUGUUGGUUCUUCUCUUCAAGAAGAUGCUAGUUGUUUUAUCAUUCCUGAUACAAAUGUUGUUCUUCAUCAGAUAACAAUAUUGGAACAUCCAUCAAUUACAAAUGCUAUUAUUCUUCAAACUGUACUGAAUGAAGUUAGAAAUCAAAACUAUAAUAUUUACAAAAGAAUACGUACAUUAAUUGAGGAUAAAUCAGGAAAACAUUUUUAUGUAUUUUCUAAUGAGCAUCACAGAGAAACAUAUGUUGGUGAGAGACAAAUUUCGGAGUCUAUGAAUGACAGAAAUGAUAAAGCUAUUAGAGUUACAGCUUUAUGGUACAUGAGAAAGCUUGCAGAAAGUAAACCAAUUUAUUUAUUAACAAAUGACAAGGAAAAUUUGAGAAAAGCACGAGAAAUGGAAAUUACUGCAAAAACAAUUCAUGAUUAUGUUAGGGAAUGUGUUAGUGAGAGUAAUUACCCUGAGGAAUUGUUAGAUUUAUUAAAUUACACUGAUGAGAUAAAGGAUUCUGAUGAAAUGGUGGAUGAAGAAGGAAAUUGCCAAAACAAGUUGUUUGAGGAUCACCUUCCUAUGAACACACUUUUAAGAAGAAUCAAAACAAAAAAAUUACAUCAAGGUAGAAUUACCGUCAAUAGGAAUAAUAUCAAUGAAGCUUUUGUUUCUCUUAGGUCAAUGCAAGAACUUGUAGUCGAUUUAAAGGGAAAAAACGAGUUGAAGGGUGUUUCGGAUACAAAAUCUGCAGAAGAAGAAUUAGGAGCAAUUAUUGGUAAUUCUGAUGCUACUACUGAAACAAGUGAAAAUCCAAUUCUUUCAACUGAAGUAUUUAACACAGUACUUAUUAAGAACUUUAAACACAUGAAUAGAUCCAUUCAUGGUGAUAUUGUUGCUGUAGAAAUAUUACCAAAAUCUGAAUGGUCAAGACCCUCUUCAAUAACUAUUAUGGAUGAUAAUGAUAUUGAUUUGGAAAACAAUCAUCCUCUAACAGGUACAUCAGAGAGCGACUCUAGUGAAAAAUCACUUACAUCAUCAUUCUAUUCUAGAUUUGUGAAUUCUGAAAGAUUAAUUCCAACUGGAAAAGUAGUUGGAAUUAUUAAACGAAAUUGGAGAUCAUAUUGUGGAAGUUUAGACGAGGAUACCGAUUCUGAAGAGGGUCUUAAUAAGGUGUUAUUUGUCCCUGUUGAUAGAUGCAUCCCAAAAAUAAGAAUAGUUUCAAGACAGUGCAAAGAGUUGAUGAAUAAGAGGAUAUGUGUAAUGAUAGAUGGAUGGAGUGUAAAUUCCAAAUAUCCUGAUGGGCACUAUAUUAGUACCAUUGGUGAAAUUUACAAUACCGACACUGAAUCUGAAGUAAUUCUGCUUGAGCAUGACGUACCUCACUAUAAAUUUUCUCAAUCCAUUAUUGAUUGUCUACCUCCAAAAGAUUGGCAACCUACAGAGAAAGAUAUGGAACGUAGAAGAGAUUUAAGACAUCUCAAUAUUGUCAGUGUUGAUCCUCCUGGUUGUACUGAUAUUGAUGAUGCUCUACAUGCCAUACAACUACCUGAUGGCUCUAUUGAAAUUGGAGUUCAUAUUGCUGAUGUUACAAAUUUUGUUAAGGAAGGAACAGCAAUUGAUAUUGAAGCAGCUAAGAGAGGAACCACUGUUUAUCUUGUAGAUAGAAGAAUCGAAAUGUUACCUAGUUUAUUAACGAACAACUUGUGUUCCCUCAGACAACAUGUUGAUCGGUUGGCCUUUUCUGUUAUUUGGAAAUUUUCUCCAGAGGGGGAUAUUAAGAGCGUAGACUAUACCAAAUCAUUAAUUCGUUCCAGAAAAUCCAUGACUUAUGAAGAAGCUCAGAAGGUUAUUGAUGACAAGGAAAGAGAUGAUGAAUUAGCAACUGACUUGAGGUUGUUAAUGCAAAUAUCUAAAAUUUUGAAGAAGAAAAGAAACGAAGCUGGCUCAUUAACUCUUGCUUCUCCAGCUGUAAAAUUCAGUAUGGAGGCUGAAUCCUCCAACCCAACAGACGUAGAACUAUACCAACUUAGAGAAACCAACUCUAUGGUAGAAGAGUUCAUGUUGUUGGCCAAUAUUGCUGUGGCAAAGAAGAUAACUAAAGAAUUCCCUAUGGUUGCUUGUCUUCGUCGUCACCCUCCUGUUAACCCUAAAAAAUUUGAGCCUCUUUUGGAAAUGUUGAAAAGGCAUGGCAUCAAUUUAGAUAUUUCAUCAUCCAAAAUAUUGAAUGAAACCUUGAGUAAUAUUAGAAGUUCUGGACUAAUUAAGGAUAAAUAUAUGGAUACCCUAGUUCGUAUUAUGGUAACUCGAUGUAUGGAGCAAGCUGUUUACUUUAUCUCAGGUGAUUGCAGUCAAGAAGAAUAUUGGCAUUAUGGUUUAGCUGUGCCAAUCUAUACACAUUUUACAUCGCCAAUUCGUAGAUAUGCUGACGUAAUUGUUCACAGAUUAUUGGGGGCUGCCAUUGGUUAUUAUCCUCUCACAGAAAAGGUUACUGACCGUGAAUACUCUAGAAGAUUAAUGAAUGAUUUGAAUAAGAGAAAUAGAAUGUCUCAAUAUGCUCAAAGGUCAUCUGUAGAAUUGUACACCAAUGUGUAUUUUAAUUCCAAUCCAAUCACAAGUGAGAGAGCCUACAUUACACAAAUGAAAAGUAAUGGUAUCGUUGUUUUUAUUCCAAGAUUUGGUUUUGAGCAUGUUAUUUUCCUCACAAAAGACAAUGUACAAUACUCAAAUAUUACUUUUAACGAGGAAACAGACUCUUUAGUUUUUGAAGAUCAAAACAAACCAACAAUUACCCUCACUGUGUUCGAACAUGUUAAUAUUCGUAUUUAUGUUAAAACAUCUAAAAAUUACAGAAGGAAGCUUUGUGUGGAAGUUGUUGAGCCAGGAAUCAUGAAAUUGGGAGCUGAUUUCCCAUAUCAUAUUGUCAAUAAUCAAGAAGUAGAUGCCAAAACCUCCAAACAGAAAACACUCAUUAUUCAAAAGGAAAAGGGAAUGCAAAGAAGUACAGAAACUGCAAAUGAUGAUAAGAAGAGGAAAAGAAAAGAUGAACUUGUACAAAAACUCAAAAAGAAGAAAUAAAGUUUAAUCCUCUACCUCUGU